UUCAGUCAGUCACCGCGAAACUCUAGCGUAUUUCGCAGGUGUGCGUUCGACUCUCUGUGCUUGACAAUCGUAAAUAAACCUGUUUUAUAUUAAAGCACUACGUUUUAUGUUUUUUUGGUAAAGCGAUAGAGAUAGUUUUGUAUUUGAAAAACAUUGUUAUAAAAUAAUUGUGCAAGUUUUUACAUCUGUGUACUUGGAGUGCUUGGUUUCGAAAGAGUGACAAAGUUUCUUGUGUUGUGCCUUUGGUCCUUGACUUGGAGGCUUUAUCAUCACAGACGACGACGCUUGCCCCGUUCUUAUUCGUUUGGUGGACAAUUAGUGGUCAAGAUUACAUCACUGCCGGAUUGAUCAAAAAAGUGGACUCAAGUUUUCGAGCUGAAGAUGCCACAGGCGACCAUGAUGGCGCCAAGUGUGUUCCAGAGAAACAAGUCACCGAGGUCGUCGCCAGGAAACCUGCCAAGAAAAUUACAGAACGGAGCAGAACCCGCUGCUCAGUCAGAUCCGCAGGCGGACUCUAGUCCAGGGAACUCCAUUUCUGACGCUGAAAACUUCGAAUGUUAUGGAGAGGCUGAUGGGGAUGCGCCCGCCAACAGCACUGAGAAUGGCACCAGGAGUCCGGGCAGUCACCUCAACAGACACUCCUGGACAAGGACCAGCUUGAGAAGGACUCCGCCCAGUCAUCAAGAGAACCUGCCGCAUCGCAGAUGGGGCUCCAUGAGACACUCUGGGAAGCGACAAAUUGGCUCCAAUGUCUUAGCUAGCCAAUUAUACCGGUCGUCUUCAUUCAAUUCGUCCGGCUGCGGUUCGGGCGGGGAGCCGACGGACGAUAUGUACUCUGAUGUCUCCUUGGAGGAAGAUGUCCAAGGACUAAACUACAAGGGGCCUCCCCCGGAGGUCAGAGGCAGGAUUACCUCUGAUUCCAGUCUACCUGAAGACCUCUUCACUGGAGGCCCCCUCACCCCGCACUUGACCAAUGGACUGAACGGGGGAAAGAAGACCGCCGCCCACCAGUGGUGUGAUAAUUUAUCAGAUCAAGUCCUCCUACUGCAACAACAAGUGACGUCAUUGGCCGACACGCAGAGCACGGCAGACGAGCGUUACGCGCGGGCAAAAGCCGACAACGCUGUGCUGCAAGCGAGGCUACACAUGCUCGACGAGCAAAUCCGAGAGAUUGAAUGCCGUUGCGAGGAGAGGAUCGCAGAUGAGCAGAAGAGGUGUCGAGACGCGAUAGCCCGUGUGGAGCGAGAGCGAGACACGCAGCAGACUGCGCUCAAUGACCGCCUCGCUGCUGCCGAGGCAGAGGCGUCAGAUCUUAAGCAAGAGGUGGGCCGACUCCGUGGAGUAGCAGAAACGUUAAGAGCUAAUGCAGAUAUUGCUGCAAGAGCUCAUCGCGAAGCACAAGAACAGAUAGGGGAACUAGUGGCUCAACUGACAGCCGCUAGAGAAGCUGAAAGAAAGGAACGCGAAGCGGCUGCAGCUACUGCGGAAUUGUUGGCAUCGACUAAGCUUGAGCUGCAAAGAUUGAGAGAAGCCCCACCACCACCGCCUGAUCCUCGUUUGGAUGAGCUGAGAAGGGAACUAACGCUUCUUAGGACUCAAAAUAAAUCUCUGUCAGAGGCCCAAGAAGAACUGCAAGCACAAAUCCUCACGCGUGGAGUAGAAGAAGGUCGUAGUUUAUUGGAUGGCGUCAGUGGCCCACUCGUCGGCACCAACUCACUGGCCCACGAACUCUCUCAGAUGAGUGAUGAUGAGCUCCACGAAACACAGUCAGGUCACAGCAUAGAGUUGGAAAAGUUACAAAAAGCUUUAAAAGAACAACAAGAUGUGAAUGUGCAGCUUCGUAACUAUAUUGAUGGCAUCCUUUUGGCGAUUGUUGAAAACUACCCACAACUUCUUGAAGUGAAAUACCAGAAGGAAGCAGCCGAAAGCAAGUCAUAACAUUCAGUUCUUAAUAAUGAUUUGGUCUACAAAAUUUUCAGAAAUUAUCCUGCAGUUCAAUUUUUUUUAUAUUUGGUGGUUAUGUAUUUACUGUGAUAAAAUGUAUAAUGAUGGACAUUUUAUUGAAAUAAUAGUGUGCUUUUAAAUAUGAAAAGGAUUAAAAUUGUUUACACAUAAAAUUUGUCUUAAAUAUAUAUUUUUUGUAAAUAUUGUGCAUAGUCUUAAAUGAAAUUAAACGAAAACUACUUAAAUACAGUGAUGUUCCUUGCUGUUAUCUCAAACAUGUUAUAAUAUCUUUAAAACUAUAAUAAUAAAGCUAUGUAGAUCUGUGAAAAUAGGUUAUUAUUAAAUAUUAUGAGAUAUAUUAUAUGAUGAUUAUAAUGUUAAAAAGGCCAGGCCGUCCAUAAAAUAUUAUAUCAUUAUUAAACUACUUAAAAGCAAUUUAUGAAAGACUGGUAUGUAUUAAAAUAGGUGCGAAUGUAUAGAAUCAAUCGAUUUUUGGUAGAUAUUACAAUUAUUAAUUAAAUAUGUACCAACAGUGAAUAGUGUAUUCCUAAAAUAAAUAUAUAGCCACAUUCACUAGUACCUAAUUAUAUAUUUGUAUUAAUUACGAGAUUGUGUAUAUUUUUACAAAUAUUUAUAGAAAUAAGUUAGUAAGUAGCUAAGUAGUAGGUAUUUAUGUACAUUUUGAUAACAUGCAUUACUAGUUAUAAAUUAAUGAAUUUAAAUGUCCUUAUAAAUAACAGUCAUAAAUGUAAAUUAAAUGAAUUUCUAAUUUUA